GCUCCCGAGGGGCCAGACCCAGAGCCCACGACAGGCACAGACUCUUUAACUCCCCGCUUCCGCGCUGUCUUAGGCCAACCAGGGCACGGGGCUCGUGGACGACUGGCCAAUCGCGUCCCAUCGCUGUCCGCGAACCAGCCAAUCGCAUCGAGGCCGCGUAGUAAAUUCGAAUGGAAACUCCACGCUUCACAUUCCGCGUAGAGUAACGAGGCUCCAAAUUCAAAUGAACGCAGCCGCACGCUGGCGACGAGCGCGAGGGGCGGAGCCUCCCUGGCGUGAGCGGAGGACGCGCGGUGGGAUUGCCCGGGGGAAAGGAAGGCGCUCCAGUUCCGGGUCAGGCCCUUCCCCGCCUCCGUCGGCCGGACCGGCCUCAGCCAUGGCGAGUAGUAGCGGCGCUGGGGCGGCGGCGGCGGCAGCCAAUCUGAACGCGGUGAGGGAGACCAUGGACGUUCUGCUUGAGAUUUCAAGAAUUUUGAAUACUGGCUUAGAUAUGGAAACUCUGUCUAUUUGUGUACGGCUUUGUGAGCAAGGAAUUAACCCAGAAGCCUUGUCGUCGGUUAUCAAGGAACUUCGCAAGGCCACUGAAGCACUAAAGGCUGCUGAAAAUAUGACAAGCUGACUUUCUGAAGAAAUCUUGAUGAGAUACGUCAAGCUUUGCAAGAGUAUUUGAGGAUUGCAUUGUAGUCAAGAGUGUAGAAUGAAAUUACUGCAUGCAGCAGUGUAGAAACAUUUUCCUCUUUAAAAGAAUUACAGAACCAUAGCUUUAUAAAUCAGUGGAAAGUGGCUUACGGAGAGAACUAUCCGAUGUGUUUACUUCACAUCUUAUUCUUUUUUUUUUUAACAGCCCUAAUGCAUUGGCAUCGCCAUGUAUAUCGUAUUUAUGUAUCCCUUAUUUAUAGCUCUGAUAGCUUUAAUUUUCUAAACAGUCUGUCUAUCAGAUGUGCACUUCUGCAGUGUGUGGUUGAAAGUAUGGUAGAACCCAUCAGUAGUGAUGUAGUAGUUAUGACUUGCUGACAUUUCCAUUAUAAACUUUAAUUUUGAAUUGUUUAUGAAUAAUAACUGUGGAUUUAUGUUGUAUUCAGCUGAAAGUUGACAGAAUUUCAGCCACCGUUUGCGAAUUUUUAUUUAGAUUCAUUAUGUAUAUCAUAAUCCUGUUUUCUGUGUAAGCAUGAAAAACAUUUCUUAGAAUCUGCUCUUUAACAAAGAGUGUUUAGUUUUUUAAACAUAAAGUUUGGCUAGCAAUUAAUAAUGUGAACCAGAUCACUUUUGUAUUGAAAAAUAAAACUUUCAGAGACUAAAAAAGUAAUGACAGUGUUCAACUUAGUAUUGCUUGUAGUUUGAAUCAAUUAAAUCUAAUGAGGAUGUUAGUUGAGAAUGUUUCUCUGAGUUUUAUACUCUAUAAAUAAAGGCCUAAAAAAAUGUAUAAAAUGAAACAUACCCAACAUGCAAAAUUCUUUUUUACUUUUAUUAUGUAAAAGUAAUUUGAGUGCUUACCUAAUAAAUCUUGAGUGGUUAUCUCAUAAAUCAUUAGAUAGGAAGUGUCUUUCAGACCAAAAAAAUGUUUAUUUUUUUCCUGAAGAAUUAAGGAUUUCUAGUCAUUAAACUGGAGCCCUAGGGCAUAGUGGUUAAGAGCUUGGCUGCUAACCAAAAGAUCAGCAGUUGAAAUCCACCAGAUUCUCCUUGGAAAUUCUAUGGGACAGUUCUGCUAUAUGUCCUGUAGGGUUGCUGUGAGUCAGAAUGGACUCAAUGGCAGUGGGGUUUUUUUUUUUUUUUGAGUCAUUAAACAUAAAUUCAAUAAUCAAAUGUUCUAUAUGAGCAAUCAUAAUUAUGUCUUUCUGAGAUCAAUUCUGUGUGUCAUUAUUUUUACCCUGAAUGUUUUAAAACUAACCAAAGUGAGCAUUCAAAAUAAAUUUUAGAAAAAGUUUUUGUUUCAGUAACAGCAUCUCAAUGGCAUAUUUUUCCUGAAACUAAUAUGGUCUUAAUCUGAUAUUAUUGUUCCUUAAAUUUUAGAUUUGUUUAAGCUUGUGGUUCUGUAGUUAAUGAUGGAACAAGCCUUCACUCUUUAGUUGUAGUUUUUGUUCUUUUAGACAUGAUGAAGUGAUUUUAAUAAGACUUAGUAGUAUUUGAAUAGCAAUAUUCUCUACAGUUGUUUUAAGAAUUGCAUCAUUUGGUCAUUCUGACUUUUAAACACAUGGCAUCUUUAUCAAGUGCAUUGGAAAGUCUGUUAUUGGCAUAACUGGUAGACAGUAAUAACUUGUGAUGAUAAAUCAUUUGAUUCAUAAUAAUAACUGCAAAUACUGCAUGUUAUUUAUAAAAUAAAAAUAAAAAUCACUUUCGCUAAGCUCAUAAAAUAAAGCAAAAUUUAUAUAUAGUUUUAGGCCAUAAGAGCUGAUAGUUUUAUUUAUGACUUUGUAGAUUAAGUUAUUUAUGUAUGGAACAAAGCAGAAAAAUGUAUUGAGAAAGAGUUACGUUUACAGAGGACUUCUUUAAUGUGUUACGUUUCUAAAGUGUAAACAUAUUUUUAAUGCAUACUUCAGUAAUAUUUAAGGAAAUCAAAGUAAUGAUAUAAUUGCCAUGUUGUGCAUGUUAUCAACAACAAAAAAAUAAAACCAUUCUGGUGGUAUUGGCAUGCAUUUUGAUUUAAUAUGCUUCUGUGAAUUCAGCUUGUAUUUCUGUAGGUAUUCUAUAAAUAUUUAGACACUUUUUAGUUAUGUGUGAUUUGAGAAUAUUUAAAGGUAGGUUAUAUAAUUUAUACCUUAUUAUCAGGCUUAAAGUGUAAAAUGGAAUACUUUUCCCCUGGUAGUGAAAGGAGAUAGUUGUAUUAACAUUGCCUCAGGCUUGCAAACAAAGUUGGCAGUUAAAAUAAGUAUGAGGUUAUAUUUUUCAAUACUUCAAAUUAGAGCUUCUUUACCAGGUGAGACAUUAUGAAAUCCCUGGCUGUGUGUGGAGCAGUAUGUUUUACACUUAUAGGAUGCUAAAUUUUCAUCAUAAAUACUUGGUUUGUACUUAGAUUUCAUAAAAUUUACAGUUGAAAAAGAUAAUACAUACCCAAGUUGAUCCUAAUGUACUUUAAAUUUUUUUCAACAGCUGAAUCAAGUAUCAGUUUUUAAACUUAAAUUUACUAUAAUUAAUUUAGUUCCUCAGUCACAGGAGCCACAUUUCAAGUGCUCAGUAGCCACAUGUGGCCAGUGACUCGGCAUUGGCACUCUACUCAACUGUCCUUUCCUGUUGCUUUCAAACCCUAGUAUACAUAAUUGGUUCUCCAUCAUCUUUGGUGUUAUUUCAUUUAGUAUAUACAUCUUAUAACCAACCUUAUACAUUUGGGUUACAUAUGGGCGAGAAUGACCCUUCUGUUGUUGUAGGACGAACAUGUUGGUAUUUGUGCUUGUUCAACUGGAAGAGCACUUCCCAGUGACUCACAAAGGAGAAGAGGGGUAGCAUGCCCAGCAUAAAGAGGAUAACUAAUUUGGCCAAGGUCAAAGUAGGGUAACCAAGCAGUCAGACUACUGGUCCCACUUAUAAUCUGUGUUGUUGUUAGGUACCGUCUAGUCAGUUCUGUUGUACUAUGUACAACAGAACAAAACACUGCCCAGUCCUUUGCCAUCCUCACAAUCAUUACUAUGUUUGAGCCCAUUGUUGCAGCCACUGUGUCAGUCCAUCUCCUUGAUGUAUUCAUUCAACAGAUGUUGAGGAUCUACUAUGCGCCAAACACUAAAGCACUGCGGGGCGAUGGUGAAAAGGGGUGGCACAGGUUUGAUUUGCGUGGACUUUUCACCCAGUUUGGCAGAGGUAGAUAAUAAAAUAUGAGCCAUGGUAAGUGCUGGAUGAAAAUAUUUUCCACACUAGGUCAUCUACAGUGACGUUUCAGCCAAGGCCUUAAUGGCAAGAGGAAGCUAGCCACUCAGACCUGGGGGGAGAGCAUUGCAGUCAAGGGAGUGCCUAGUACAAAAGCCAUAAGGCAGUGUUAUGGAUUGAAUUGUAUCCCCCAGAAAUACGUUGAAAUCCUAGCCUGCAGAUGUAAUCUCAGUUGGGAACAGGAGUUUCUUUGUUAUGUUAAUAAGAUCGUAUCAGUAUAAGGUGUGUCUUAAACCUAAGAUUCUUAAACCUUACAGAAAAAGCAGUUUAUGCUCAGAGGCCAAUUUAUAUCGAUAAAUGCACACAUACAAAAAGAAGAAAGAGACAAAAUCAGAGAACUGUCCCUACAACUUGAGCGAAUAGAAAGCGAGCAACAAAAGAAUCCAUCAGGCACCAGAAGAAAACAAUAAAAAUUAGAGCUGAACUAAAUGAAUUAGAGAACAGAAAAACAAUUGAAAGAAUUAACAAACCUAAAAGCUGGUUCUUUGAAAAAAUUAACAAAAUUGGUAAACCAUUGGCCAGACUGACUAAAAAAUACAGGAAAGGAAACAAAUAACCUGAAAAAGAAAGGAGAUGGACCACAUCACAACAGACUCAACUGAAAUUAAAAGAAUCAGAUUAUUACAAAAAAUUGUACUCUAACAAAUUUGCAAACCUAGAAGACAUGGAUGAAUUCCUGGAAAAACACUACCUACCUAAACUAACACAAUCAGAAGUAGAACAACUAAAUAGACCCAUAACAAAAAAAGAGAUUGAAACGGUAAUCAAAAAACUCCCAACAAAAAAAAAAAGCCCUGGCCCGGAUGGCU